UUGUCUUUACCAAUAAAGUUAUUCUAUGUCUGGCUGGAGAGAUGCCGGCGCAUGCGCAGUAACCGAACAGACACUGGCUCACUGUCUGCUGCUGCCCAUUCCCGGAGACUCCGCCGCCAGCCAGCCAGCAGCCAGCCGUAGCCCCAGCCGCUCCACAGUCCACAGUCCACACCCGGAACACGGAGGCCGGCCAGCAGCUGAGCGGCCGCACGGAGAGACUGGCGGCGGCGACGGACGCCCACCCCCUCCCCCAGAGGGACACCGGAGCCCAUCGGCCGGCGCACAGCAACAUCCUGACGGGUGCCAGGACCGCGAACGCGCGGGCGCGCGCCCCCGGGAGAGCCGCAAACCACAUACCUGGGAAGAUGAUGGACGCAGUUCAUUACAUCCACUUGCAGAACUUCAGCAAGUCUCUCCUGGAGACUUUAAAUGCUCAGCGCCUGGGUGGGCAUUUCUGCGAUGUCACUGUGCACAUCCAUGAUGCAACUCUGCGAGCUCAUCGUUGCGUGCUGGCUGCUGGGAGUCCCUUCUUCCACGAUAAGCUACUGCUGGGUUACUCAGAGAUUGAGGUUCCACCGGUGGUGCCCACUCAGGUGGUACAGCAGUUGGUGGAAUUUAUGUACAGCGGAUCUCUGGUCGUUGCCCAAUCUGAGGCUCUGCAGAUCUUGACGGCUGCCAGUAUUUUGCAAAUAAAGACUGUUAUCGAUGAAUGCACACAGAUCAUAUCGCAGAGUAGGGCAAACAAGCCGGUGUCUGUUGCUGGGGCGAUGGCAUCUUGUGGAACGCAGAGUAGAUCUUCCAUGAACAAAAUUCAAGAGCAGUCUAAUAAGGAUGCCAGCUGCCCACCGGCUAUAGUGAUUAGAGAUUCCAGUUGUUCCUUACAGCCUUCCUUAAGGUCCAAUGAUUUGGAGAUCAUCUCCCAGAUGGGGACCGUCGGCGAAGCACCCAAGUUAAUGUGCGCUUCUGAAGUGCGAUACAAACUAAGAGACAUGCUUUCCUCACAGCAGAGACAGCUACCAGAGGCAAGGGAAAUAGCUGUGUCUGAGGUUGAGCACGUGUCUGAUGGAGAAACCAUGUCGACAGCUUACCUGCCGCAAGCAGAGGCACCACAGAGCUGCCACAGCCGCAAACAGCGUCAGCCAGUGCGCCUUCAGCUUUCAGAUUCCAUGCCCGUUAUAAUUAAAGAUGAAGAUGAUGAUGACGAAGAGGAGGAGAAUGAAGAGAAUAAUGGAAAAGAUGAGACUGAAGAUGACAAGGGAGCAGUGUUCAGUGAGUGCAGCGGGGAUUUUACCAGUUGUGGAGAAAACGAGAAGGUACGAAGUCCUGAAGAUAAAGUCCGUAAUGCGGCAAGUGGAAGUAAAGACUCUGCUAACCAGAUGGAGUUCUCUUCCGAGGGGCCAGAUUUCUUCUCCAACCAGGAUGUAUUCUCAGAAUCGUUUAUACCUCCUUGGCAAAAUGAAGAAAACAUUGCAGAAGGAGCCAGAGAGAGUUCAAUAGAGAAUGAAGAGAAAUUCCGCCCAGACUGUAGUCUAGAUGGUUCGAGUCUUAGAAAUUUAGCUGUAGUCGCUGGCACUGACUUUAAGUCUAGCCCGCCCUUUAAUGCUCGGGGUGCAGAGCAAAGGGGACUGCCAUUCUUGGCUUCAGUCAUUCCCAAAGAAGUUAAGAACUCUGUGUCAGGUGCUGCUGUGGCCACCAGCUCCUCCAGCAUCUUUCAGUUCCACCUGAUGCAUCCCAACCAGAACCAGUCUGGAGUCACACAGAGCUUCUUCAGUGUUCAACAAGAUGGCACAAGCAAUAUCGUGCAGAUGAACUCCAAUAUGAUUCCUGGAAACGUACAAAAUGACCAGGCGCUGCGCCCCGGGCCUUCACGUAACCCAGAGCCUUCCUACGUAUGCAGUCACUGCCAGAAAACCUUCAGUUCUAGGAAGAACUAUACCAAACACAUGUUCAUCCAUUCAGGUGAGAAGCCUCAUCAGUGCAGCAUCUGCUGGAGGUCCUUCUCCUUACGAGAUUACCUUCUGAAGCACAUGGUGACCCACACCGGGGUGCGUGCUUUCCAGUGCUCCAUCUGCUGCAAGCGCUUCACCCAGAAGAGCUCGCUGAACGUUCACAUGCGCACCCACCGUCCUGAGCGCUUCCAGUGCUGCUUCUGCAAUAAGUACUUUUCCCACCGCACUCUGCUAGAGCGACAUAUCGCCACCCACACAGCUUGAUCCGUGGACCCCAAACCUACUAGGUUUCACUUACAACGUCCUACAGUGCAGGGCAUCCCCCAACACUGCUAAUAGCGAAGGGGCAGAACUGGAUGAGAAAAAAGUUGUCUUCAUAUUAGUGUAUUCUUCUGAAGAGUCUUUGAUUGAGAUUAUUCGAUUUUAUAUUUGUUGAAGUACAGAGCACUUAACGCAUGGCAUCCAAAGGUGACUUUAAUCUAGAAAGUGUGUUCAAAAUGAAGGCAGUGAUCCCACAGUCUGUUAUACAGUGGGGCUCUGUCUGGUCCACACUUGAUAUAAUGCCACGUAGUGGCCAAGAACAUUAUUUAUCUAUAGGGGCACUGAGUGUACAGACGUUACUGACCUGUAUGCCCAGUGUACGAUCGCCUAUUUCUGUAGUUCCACAUUCCAUUGAAAACAUAGCUUAUGAUGUUCUAGGGACAGGUGCUUGAUGGGAUAACUGGAUAUGACGUGUGUGCAGGAGUUUCUAUUACUUGGUAGAACAUUAGUUCAUAUCCACUGGGGACCCAUGUUCUGGCUGCUAGAACAGUAUUGUGACAGUCUACUUUUAAUUUAACAGUAUAAAACAAAUGGUAAGUGUUACUCAUUUCCCUUGUUUGGGGAUUAAGACGUCUUCAGUUAGGUGUGCUAAUAAUGUUCUACAAAUGUGGGCGCUUAGAAUGAAUGCAUUGUGGACCACCCUUUCUGCUAUCUAAAACUUUUCCCUUUAGAUCUACGGAACAUGCACUAUAUAUUACACUGAUAAUUGUCGCGUGUGCGGAUUUAAUGGCGAGCCAGUUGACAUGUUCACAUAGUACAUGAGCAUGCUAGUUUUCUUUCUAGCACUUUGCACCUGUCACAACCUGUGCAGUUUUUCUUUCCUGCCUACAUUGUCUCUCUCUCUGCUCUGAUGCUUCUACCACACUCUGGUCUGUAUUUCAGCGCUGAGACACAGGCCAGAGGGUGCUAGAAGCACCAGAGCAGGGAGCGAUGGCACAUGCAGGAAAGAAGAUCUGCAUGGGUUGUGACAGGUGCAGAGUGCUAGAAUGAAUACUUGUUGCUAUUUGAGGAAUGAAGACCAUUGAUUCCUUUUAUAUUUUAUAGUUUGUGUGUGUGUGUGUUAAAAACCAAACAAACAAACAAAAAAAAAUACAAAACAAAUAUUCUCACUAUUUGUAAAUAGACUAUUUAACCACCUUAUAUGUUUGUAUUUAUGGACGUGUGUGUGGCCUGCUGUCAGCAAUGUGUUAUAUACUUGUGUAUCUGUAUAAUCCUGUUACCUGCUUUUAAGAAUCUUGCCUAGGAAUGUAUUUAUAAUGGAGCAAAAAAAUUUGUUUUAAAGAAACAUUUUAUUUGACACCAAAAAAAACUAGAGCAUUUUUGUUUUACUGAGUGUUGCAAUUCAAGUUGUUACAUAUUUACUGCAAAUUGUAACAAGUCCAUUUGCUGGUUCAGCUUUGCAGUUUAAACACGCCUAAUAUUAUGAUUGCGAGUUAUGUUACGAUCACCUUUUUAUUUUUGUCUAGGAUCCCUCUACUGCUCAUGUUACGUCAUUUGAAAUGAAUGUAUCCCUCUGGUCAUUGGAGGUAGCCUGUUACUAGCGGAACCAAUGACAUCCCUGAAACCUGAUGCCUGUGUAUUGGGUUAGUGGACUAUUGGGAUGACAGAUCAGAUUUAAAACAAAUGUAUUGUUUACGGCUGCUGAGAUCUGAGCUGUAUAAAUAAGGGCAAAAGAGACACAAGGGCCCCCCACCAAUAUCCAUAAAAAAAAAUGACUUCUCCACUUGUACUAUGUAUAGUAGGUGGGAAUGCAGCAAGCCGUCUAAUCUGCGUCUUUUGCAUGUUAUCCAGUAUAAGUACUAGAUUUCUGCAUUAUCUUGUGCAAAAGAACAGGUGUAGGAGGAAGAGAUUUGUUUUACACCUAUGUAGUUUUUAUUGUCGCCAGAAUACCCCAGUGAUGACAACCCCACCCCAACCCCACCUUCUGUGUUACUCAUGCAUGUCUGUGUUUGUUUAUAAUACACAAGUGAAGCUAAUAUAAGUGUAAAGGCCUGUAAAUAAUAUAUGUAUCAAUAGUGCGUUCUGGUGUCACCACUUCAAUGUUCAUUGGGAAAAUGCACACCCCCUGCUGAAAAUGAUUACGGCUAUUAGAAGUGACCACGGAGAUCAAUAACCUAUAUAAAAGCAGACAACCUAGUGGGUUUGGUGCCUAUAUAUGGUUUUGAAACUCCUUGGUGACCUAUUAUAAUCUUAGUAUUUACAGUAGACGGCACGUUAUUCUAUAUCACUGCAUACAGGAACUAUCUGUGGAAUCAUUUCUGUGUUUAUCAAGGCAAUAAAAAAGCUUCAUAUUUUGGGGGUACUGUC